CUGAGUUCACAGUGCGAGUGUGUGUGUGUGUUAAUAUGUGCCUGUGCUAGAGCACCGCAGAGCGGACGCGACGCGCCUCCCUCCGCCACAGGGCCACGGAGAGGCCGUUCGUCUGCGGCUCGCACUCGGGCAUGGAUCCGGGAUCUGCCGCGGGCACCGGAGGGACCUUCCUUUCCCUGAGCGACACUGAGCAGAGAUGUUACUCCGCGCUGUACGCGCUCUGUCAGCCCGACAGCCUCGGCAUACCGGCGGCGGGGAAAGUGGCGGAUCUGUUCCGGGCGUCGCAGCUGCCGGCCGAGACGCUGCACCAGGUAACAGAGGUGUGUGGUGCUAAGCGGCUCGGGUUCUUUGGCUGUGGGCAGUUGUACGUGGCUCUGAAGCUGAUGGCCGCGGCACAGGCUGGUUUGCCAGUACGUCUGGAGAGCAUCACAGGGGAACUUCCUCUUCCUGUGUUUGUUGGGAUAACGAAUGAGCUUGAGAUGCGUUACGCCAAUCACCCCCCAACCAAUGAGAGCCAGCCGCACAUUCUGGGCUCAGUUCCUGGCUCCGCCCCUCGUCCCCCUGCAGACAGACCUGUACUGAGACACCCUGACACCAGCAUGGACAAACAGGAGGCGUGGUCUCCUCCGCGGUCACCCGCCAUCUCCCCGCCCCGCUCACCGCCAGCCUAUCGCAACUAUCCAUAUGCUGCACAGAGAAACGGAACAGACAUGCUAUUGGCGUAUGACGGGAAAGUGGCGUCUCGUCCCAGUGUUCCUCAGGAAAACUUCUCUCCCAGUCAUUAUUCUGUCAAGCCUCAGCCGGAGCAGCCUGUCAUUACACGCGUCGGCUCAGUGGAGCGUCUGGUGGAGAGAGCAGAGGUGGAUCACUCCGACGACCCCUGGAGGAUAACAGAGGAGCAGCGGGAAUAUUACACCAUCCAGUUCAGGAGUCUCCAGCCUGACCUCAGCGCUCUCAUCGUGGGAACUGUUGCAAAAAACUUCUUCACCAAGUCCAAGCUUCCGAUUCCAGAGCUGUCGCAUAUAUGGGAGCUGAGCGAUGUUGACAAGGACGGCGCUCUCACUUUCCCAGAGUUCUGCACUGCCUUCCAUCUGAUUGUGGCCCGGAAAAAUGGUUUCCUCCUUCCUGAAACUCUCCCCGCCACGCUGAGACCGGGAUAUGUGGAUCCAGGUGUGGUUACAGCGCCACCAUCUGAGGCGACUCAACCUCUCAUUGUGUUUGAUAUGAGGCCUGGAGCCAAUCCACUGGAAAUGUGUUCUGCUGGCCUUCAGGUGACCUCUAGACCAGGUGUGACCGCUAAACAGGACACGAGAGAUGAAAGCAGGAAACCGGAUUUCAGCCCAAAGAGAGUUCCAGACCUGCAUGAAAAGCCAAUCCAGCGUGUCAGCACUUUAAAACCAGAUUCUCCACAAGAGCUUGACGCGAAUAUGAAGUCAAGAACACGACCCAGGUCAUAUUCCAGCACGUCUAUAGAUGAUGCCAUGAAGAAGGUGGAGGAGCCGCCCACUCCUCCUCCUCGACCCCAGAAGUCUCACUCCCGCGCCUCCUCUCUCGACCUCAACAAGCUCUUCCAACAGAGCAGUCAAGGUGGUAAAAGUGUGUGGUUGCCUCCUCCUCCAGCUCUUCCUCCACGACCGACAGCGACGCAGAUCUUCAGCUUCAUGCCUGGCUCAGAGAAGAGUUCCCAGAAGGCCGUUCAUCAGCCAAACUUUGCAGAUUUCAGCAAGUUUAGCGAGGAGCAGGAGACCAUCGUGACAGGAGCUCUCAGCACAGAAGACCUGACACCCAAAUCGGAUUCCACAGUGGUGCAACAAGGCCACGCCCCUCAGAAGCCAGUCCGAAGAAAGCUCCACCCAGAAAGCCUGAGUGCCACGCCCCCCUUGGCCACGCCCUACUCUGCUGCCACAUUGACCAAAUCUACACAGAGGCCUCCACCCAAGCAGAAGAGAGAGAUCCAGAUGGCCAUCAGGAAGAACCGAGAAACCAACGCAGUCCUGACACGUCUCAACAGUGAACUACAGCAACAGCUAAAGGUUGUGCACCGGGAGCGAGUCACUCUGGAAUCCCAGCUGGAGUUGCUGCGACCCGUGGCGUCAACCUGACCCGACACACACUCGCUUUCUCUCGCUCUCUGUCCUUCUCGUGCGUGCGCCGGACUCUGGGUUGUGAGUUAUAAUUCAGGCACGCGACAGGAGACUUUAAGUGACCAAGACGCCACAAACACUGUGUCAGAACCACAGGAGAGCGCCAAGAGUACUAGCAAGUUCGUUCUGUCAGAAAACUAGAUGUUUUCUUGAUGGUUUUGGGUUUGUGUUUGUAUGUUCCUGCCUGGGUUUAUCCAGCAGAAUCAUGCCAACACGUCACGACUAACUGUUAGACAAGGAAAAGCUUCAGUAUUCAACUUCAUUCCAGGAAAUUGGGAAUCAAUUUAUGGUUUAUUAUGCAAUGGAUCUGAUUUCCUAAUGUUUUAUCCGAUUACUGCACCAUUACGUUUCAGUUCAAUAAACAUGAAUAUGUUUGAACCGGAUCAAGAAUAAGCUUAUAAGGGGGAAUCUCACUUCACCCCGAGAGCAGACGGAUAAAAUAACUAAUAAUAUGAUAAUGAUUACUUAACUAAUUAUUAUAAUACAUUUAUAUGGACUUAAGGAUAAAAUAUAGCCUGUAAGGAUCUUAUUUUAAUGAUAAUGAGUACAUUUUAAGCAUUAAAGUAAGCACAACAAAAAAUGACCUGAUCUUCUAGAAUCUCGUUGACUAAUCGCAUCUAACAUAAACAUUUGUUUACUAUAUACUGAGUGUGUAAGUGUGUGUGUAAUAAUAUAUGUCUAUGUGUGGGGGUCUGUGUAUAUACAGUACACACACACACACAUGUAAACGCAAACUUUUAUGUUAGAUGUGAUUAAUCGCAAUUAAUCGAUCUUACAGCACUAUAUAUAUUACAUUAAAGGAAUUAUGAAUAAUUUGGGGAUGGAAAACUGUUUAAUUAUCGUGAAAAUUGUAUCUAAAUUAUAAGCUUGAUUUUCUAUUCUUUCACGAUUUCUGUUAUUUUUCUUUUGGUUUUGGAGUUAAAUAUAAGCCUGGACAGAUGCUGUGUGAUUUCCCCAUGCAGAACAUUGACGAUAAUGUAGAUGAAUGUAGAAUAGUCAUUCAUUUGUGUGCUGGGACAAAGAGUUUGCAACGAUGGAUGUGUCCUAAAGACUGUAUGUGUUCAUGCAUGAAGAUGAACAUUUAUUUUUACACGACUAGUUCUGCCGGCAUGUUGUAUGUGAGUAGUUUGACCAUACAGGACAGGAAUGUUUUAAUAUCUCGACGUACGUGUUGAAUGCCACGUUAACCUCAGAUCAAUGAGGACGAGCCAGUGAUUGUGCUUGUAAUGUAUUAAAAAAACCAUUCAAUCGUUUUCUUUUACAUUUUUACAUUUUUGUGAUUUCUUAAGCAUUUCUUACUAGCCUUAAAAUUAUUUUGGGGGGUAAUAAUGAAAAAAAAACUGCAUCAAAUAAAAACCAGUGACUGCAAAAAAAAAAAAAAAAAUGUUUUUGUUCAAAAGUGUGCUAAAUACUUUUCUAUGCAAAAAAGAAGAAAUGCUCACUUUGAAAGUUUGUUUGCCACGUUGUGUGUUUUUGAUACUGAACGAAUCUCUCAUACACUGUGUUCUGAUGCAGGAGUGGGAAUGUUCUGUCUAUAAGUGUGUCAAUAAAGCUGUGGAAUUAUGUGAGAAUAUGACA